AUUAGAGAAACAGCGCAGGCUGGGUGGCAACGGCAGCACUCUAGUGACUUGAGGGGGCAGAGGCCAGGGGGAAUUAAAAAAGAGUCCAAAGAUCCGUCCUUUGCUACUCCUCAAAGGAUCAGUGAAGGCUGCUAGUCAAAACUGCUCUUCUUCUUUUUCAUCACUUGCAUGAUCCAAUCUUAAGCCCUAUAUAUCAGAUAAACCCACUCCAAUCUUUGCAAUCUCACUGCUUUUUUUCUCUUUGUUUCUCUGAUCGGAUCAUGGCCCAUUCGGCAGCUGUUUCGCAGGUUUCAUUGGCUGUUCCUGUUGGGAGCGAUUCAACUCUGCGAAGAUCAGUUUUUAAGCAGCCUCACAGUGUAACCUUCAACGAUAAAUCAUGGGCCCCCUCCUUAUCUUUGGACUUGAAAUCAAAAAAUGCUCGAUUGAAAAAUCGGUACAUGGUGUGCAUGUCAGUGCAACAAGCCAGCAGAUCAAAGGUUGCAGUUUCACCUUUGGAACUUGAAGAUGCCGAAGAGCCUCCAUUGAAUAUAUACAAGCCCAAGGAACCUUACACAGCAACCAUUGUCUCUGUUGAGAGGCUUGUAGGCCCAAAAGCUCCUGGAGAGACAUGCCACAUUGUGAUUGAUCAUGGUGGUAAUGUUCCUUAUUGGGAAGGACAAAGUUAUGGUGUAAUUCCUCCUGGUGAAAACCCAAAGAAGCCAGGGGCACCUCACAAUGUACGUCUUUAUUCAAUUGCAUCAACCAGGUAUGGGGACAAUUUUGAUGGCAAGACAGCUACAUUGUGUGUUCGUCGUGCUCUUUACUAUGAUCCUGAGACUGGAAAGGAGGAUCCUUCAAAGAAUGGUGUAUGCAGCAAUUUCCUUUGCAACUCAAAGCCUGGAGAUAAAGUUCAGAUCACCGGGCCCGCUGGCAAGAUAAUGCUUUUGCCUGAAGAUAACCCUAAUGCUACCCACAUAAUGAUUGCUACUGGAACUGGUGUGGCUCCUUUUAGAGGCUAUCUUCGACGUAUGUUCAUGGAGGAUGUCUCUAAGUACAAGUUUGGUGGCCUUGCUUGGCUUUUCCUUGGGGUGGCAAACACCGAUAGUCUCCUCUAUGAUGAUGAAUUUACAAAGUAUCUUCAGGACUACCCAGAUAACUUCCGCUAUGACAAGGCACUUAGUAGAGAACAAAAGAAUAAAAGCGGAGGAAAGAUGUAUGUGCAGGAUAAAAUUGAGGAAUAUAGCGAUGAAAUCUUCAAACUCUUGGAUUGUGGUGCUCACAUUUAUUUCUGUGGGCUAAAAGGAAUGAUGCCUGGGAUCCAAGAUACACUGAAGAGAGUUGCAGAGCAGAGAGGAGAAAGCUGGGAACAGAAGCUCUCACAGCUCAAGAAGAACAAACAAUGGCACGUGGAAGUGUACUGAUUUCGGAAACCAGAAACCUGUUCUCGUCUUUCUUCAGACAAAAAAUGCAGUAGUCAAUUCCUGAUUAGUAAAAUUGGCAUUUUUCAUUUGUUAUUUGGUCAGCUUUGCAAAAACUUUAGCUGCUACCAUUCACAUCUGUAUUAUUAAAUAAUCAAAUUCCCUUGAUUAGAACAAAUCAGGAACCAUUUUGGUUUUGUAAUUCUUAAAUAUUAUUGUAUUUGCUGUGUUCUUUGCUCUCUGCA